CGCAGAGAUUUCACGAGAACAACAGCACGGACAUUAAAAUGGUCAGUACGAAGACGGACAUUGUGUGCCCGUGUGUGUGUUAGUACACCUUUAAAUUCCAAGUCAGAAGUCUCUAUCACACGAAGUCGAGAUGGUCAUUGGCGGCUUUUCUUGUUUGAUGUUUGACACUAGAGAACUACAAAACAUUCUUUGCGAUUUCCGUGUUACUCGAUAAAGUUGUAAAUCUGGAUUGAAACGCCAUAUUUCGAAAUGAGCUAUGCGCGGAUCCUGGCCCACUAUCCCUAUGUAGUACUGCUGGUAGUACUGGUUGUCGUGGCAACAUGCUUGAUUGUCUCCGUAACCCUAGGUCACCAGCUGGAUUUUGAUGAUCCUCUUGAGGGUUUUGAGCCGCGUGGCACAGAGAUCGGUGAGCGGAUGGUGGCGUACAGGAACCUGAUGGACAACGUCGGGGAAAACGCAAACCUGCUGCCGUUCCGCCACAACAAGAAGAGCACGCUCAUCGACCGUAUCAAGGAGCGCACCAAGAACGGCAAUCGCAAGAAGAAGAAGAAGAAAAAGAAGAAGAAAAAGAACAGAAACAAAGACAAAUCAAAGGCGACGGAGUACAAGUUUGAAAACAUAACGUUCUCCAGUGAUUCUAACGAACAGUUCUUCUGCAGCAUUCCAUAUAAGAGAUACGCCCGCGUUGUGUUCACAAGCGUCGACAGCUCCAACCUGUACUCUCUGGAACAUAUCAAAUCCAUGUGUCUUCACGAAGAACACCACCUCCAUCUGCACGAACCCUACCAAAACAAGUGCAUCAAACCAACGGGACAGCAGGGCUGCUGUCGUAGUUGGUGUCUAGGCAGCUACGUCGCCUUAUUAACCAACAGGUCGAGCUGUAAACACAUAACCCACCAGGAUGUGGUGGAGGUGCUGAACCUGCUCAAGUCGUGUGCUCCGUUCUAUCAGAACUACACCAUCGGACCAAACUGUGACUACUCCCCGGAUGCAUGGUUCUUUGACGCAGAUCAUAAUUCGAGACUGAAGGUGUGUCCGGGAGUUCCAGAUAGAUGUGUGCGUUAUAAUGCAGUUUUCCAUAUUCUUCAUUACUUGGUGGAUCGACAUUUCAUGGAGGAGAUCGUCGCAGGCAAGCAGACACCUCAUCUUUCUUAUGCUAUCACAUUCCUUCCCCUGACCGUCAGCUCUGCUUCGGUGGAUAUAUACGAGUACAUGGAAAGUUUACCAAAGAAUUUCAAUGGUGUGCAAAUCGUUGGAGCCAAAUUUGAAGUUAAGUUCACCUUGUUCGAGAAAUAUUUAAAAUCUGACAGCAUUUGGCUGGCAUGUGCCGGAUGCGCCAUUUUCGUGGCCAUGUGGUUAUUCUCCGCAUCUGUUUUCAUAACAGUGAUGACGUUUUUAGCAGUUUUCUGGGCCUUGACUGUUGCAUAUUUUUUAUACAUGUUCGUCUUUGAAAUCAAAUUUUUUCCAUAUAUGAACAUGGUGACAGUUAUCGUGAUGAUCGGAAUAGGUGCAGAUGAUGUGUUUAUAUACUGCAAGGUGUGGCAUCUCUCAAAGUCUGAACCAAACAAUGGUGCCCUUGAGAAAAUCAUUACGGACACGCUUCGCCAUGCAACCCUUUCCAUGUUGGUGACAAGCUUAACUACAGCAGCGUCAUUCUAUGCCAACUGCAUCAGCGAUGUGACGGCAAUCCAAUGCUUCAGCAUCUACGCUGGAACUGCAGUGUUGUGUAACUUCGUCUUAACAAUUACUUGGAUACCUGCCACUAUAAUGCUUUAUGAAAAAUGGUGUAAUUUUUGUUCGUGCUACAAUCCCGGAGUUUAUAUCAGUGACGACGGCUGUUGUUCUGCCGUGUGUAAGUUUCCAUGCAGACUUUAUUAUUUACUCUCCGAUUGGUCAAGGAUAUUUUUUGACAAGUUGCUUCCAUGUUUAGUGAUACGUUUACGUUAUCUGUGGCUUCUUUUGUUCGGAUGUCUUGGUGUGUGUGGAUUCGUUGUCAUUUUCUAUUAUCCAAAAUUAAAGUUGCCAUCAACUAACCAGUUCCAAGUAUUUUCAUCAGAUCAUUGGCUGGAAAAGUACGACUUUGAACUGAGUGAAAUGUUUGCUUUCGAGAAAAUGUCAGAGGAUGAAAUUCCUCUGCUGCCCAUCACCGUAAUAUGGGGUAUCCAUGCCACUGACACGGGAGAUCCCCUCAAUCCAAGGAAGAAAGGUACGUUAGUGUUUGACGAGAGUUUUGACUUGGCUGAGAAAGCCUCGCAGAUAUGGAUAUUAAAAUUUUGUUCACGUCUGCGACGUACUGAUUUCUAUUUAAACUCGCCAGGCAUGCAAUUAACCAACUGCUUUCUGGAGAACUUCGUCCAAGGCUUCAUGAAGCAGUCGUGUAAAGGUAACUACCCGUGCUGCAAUCAGACCAGAUUCCCGUACUCGAAGGCCGACUUCAACCACUGUCUGCGAACGUAUGUGCCCAUUCUGCACAGGACGCCGUCCGCUGCUUACAGCUCCUAUUCGCCAGGUCCUCGCUUCUCGGACGGACGUGUCAGUGCGUUCGUGGUGGAGUUCCUGAGUAACGAGCCCUUCAGCCAGAACUACAAGAAGAUGAAGAUGUUCUACCAGCACAUCAACCGGUGGAUGACGGACGAGAUGCUGCAGGCGCCCAAGGAGAUGCGAAACGGAUGGUUUAUCAGCGACUUGGGUUUCUUCGAUCUGCAGAACAGCCUGGCCGUUGGCACGCCGCUCGCGUUGGGGGUGUCGCUGGCCGUGGCCGCGGUGGUGGCGUUUUUCACCACGCUCAACUUCCUUAUCAGUCUGUACGCGAUAUUCACCGUCAUGUUCAUCAUCGUCGUCACCAUCGCGGGUCUCGUCCUACAGGGCUGGGAGCUCAACAUCAUGGAGUCGGUGGUCGUGACUGUCGCCAUCGGUAUGUCUAUCGACUUUACGCUGCAUUACGGCGUGGCCUACCGACUCUCGCCGGACCUGGACAGGGAGAUGAGGGUCGCCUGUUCGGUCGGUCGAAUGGGCAGCGCCAUCGCUAUGGCGGCCUUCACGACAUUUCUCGCAGGCGUCUUCAUGAUGCCAUCAACUGUUUUGGUGUACAGAAAGUUCGGCAUAUUUUUAAUGAUUCUCGUAUCGGCCAGUUGGAUAUACUCCACGUUCUUCUUCCAGUCGCUGCUACGCAUCCUUGGACCUCAGGGAGGAUUUAGUCAGUUCCAUUGGCCUGCGUCGGACUGCUGCUCCUCGUCGCCGCACGAGCACGUGGACAAGACGGUGUACGCUCUGUCGGAGUCCACCCUGUCGAGCUCCAGCACCAGCAACCCGAAUCACAUGUCCAGUGAGAUUCACGAGCUGGAGCCGCUGAGCGAGGGACAGGAUCCCGUGUAUCACUCCCAGCGGUCCUCCCAGCAUCUACACAACUACCAUUACCACCAUCCUCAACACCGAGCCAGAUCUAAAGGUGCCUAUACACACAUGAAACCCAAGUGUUCUAGCGAUUCCAGUCCAGGAGCCGAUACGAAAACGGUGACCUUUGAACCCAUUGCAAGUCCCGGGUCGCCGGAAGUGAUUGUCGAGCAACCGGAAAUGGAGCAAUCCGAUUCGAGAAAAACCUCGUCGUCAUCUUCUCACCCGAGCACUGAGUGUUUCGAAACAAAACACAAAAAUGAUAUUCCGUUGCAUAGGCAUAAAAAUGACGAAAUUUUGUAGCACAUAAUAAUCAUGGUUACUAAUAGAAUUAAUGUUUACUAUAAGUUAUUUGCAAAAUGUUCAUGAAUGUAAGAAAGAGAACAUUAUUUUAAAUGAUGAAUGGUAUAUUGUAAUGCAUAAUGUUUUAGUGAUGUUUUCUCUUUUUCUUUUUCUUUUUAAACUUCCUUGUUUUUAAAGUUUUCUGUUAUCCCGUUUGGAUAUGUUCUUCUUUUUUUUUUGUGUGUUAAGUUUGUGAAAAUGAGAAAAGCCUGUACAUAUAUUAUUUUUUUGUAAACGUGAAACAAUUAUUGUUUUUAAUGUUUCAAAGAUUAUUAGUUUAUGCCGUUGGUCCCAUCAGUAUUCAUAUAAAAGUACUAGCAAAUUAUUUUUUGUCAUGCUGCUAACGUUCAAUUUUGCUUUGUUUAACUCCAGCUAGUAUAAAUUGCUAGAUAGAGCUGGGCAGUGUUGAAAUCUCAAGUCCUGUAUCGGUAUGGUAUUCGGUACGGUAUUCAGUAUUGACACGUGUGUACAUGUUUUUCAGUCGAUUCUUAGGAAGAACGAUAUCCAUCCUCUCUUAUUUUCAGGCAAUUUGCGUUCGUCAGAUAUAUUGUUACUGCUUUACUAAGUGGCAGGUAACAUUUUUCAGUACCAAAAUUUCGGUAUUUUGGUAUUUCCUCGGUACGGUAAAUCGGUAUUGACAUGAUACGGUACCGAACGGUAUAAUACACCGCCCAGCUCUAGUGCUGGAUACUAACAACAGUUCCAGACAUCGUCUUGCCGUUUUAAAAUAUCUAAUUUCUAGUAGAAUUUGUCUUCAUAUAUAAAGUGACAGACCCAAGGUGUGUUUUAUCACUAAGGCAUAUUUUUUCACUAUCAAGAGCCGUUUGUGAUAACUAAAAUCAUACAUUACACAUAUUGUAUUGUUUUGAUUAUCCA